GAGAUCAGGGAACUAUAUUUAUUGUCCCUCCGUCUCGGGUUGCUACGACUCCCUCUCAAAAAGAAAUCAUAGUACUCUGCAAUGAUGAUUCCACGUGUUGUGAGACUGGAGGCGGCCAUUUCCACAGCCCACCAAAACGUAUUUGCGUGUCUGCUGAACGUGGACAGGGAGUACGAGUUGAAGACGACGCUGCGCGUAGCGGGAGGGUGGGUGCGGGACGCGCUGUUGGGCUUGCACUCCAACGACAUCGACAUCGCCAUCGAGACCCCCGUCAACGUUGAGCCGGUCAGCGGCGAAGUCUUCGCACGCCGCAUCGCCGAGUACCAGCAGGCCCACGGCGACCGCGCGCACACCGUCAGCGUGAUCCGAGCCAACCCGGCCAUGUCGAAGCACAUCGAGACCGCCACGGUGCGCGUGCACGAGAUACCCGUCGAGUUCUGUGGCCUGCGCACGGACGUCUACACGGACGCCUCGCGCAUCCCGCAGGUGCGGCCCGGCACCCCGCUGGAAGACGCGCUGCGCCGCGACUUUACCAUCAACGCCCUCUUCUACAACCUGCACACCGGCAUGGUGGAGGAUUACACCACCGGCCUUGACGACCUGCGACGGCGGGUGAUUCGCUGCCCGCUGGAGCCGCGCACCACCUUCAACGACGACCCUCUCCGCCUGCUGCGUGGGGUCCGCUUCGUGGGCCAGCUCGGGGCCCUCAACUUUUCGCUUGACCCGUCCGUGACGGAGAGCGUCGAUGAAGCCCUUCUGCAGGUGCUGCUGCAAAAAGUCUCGCGCGAGCGCAUUGGAAAGGAGUUUGUGAAGAUGAUGGCUGCCGCACACCCCGAGCGCUGCAUCGAGCUGCUGCACAGCAUGCAGAUCCUGCAGCACGUUCUGUUGGUGAGUGUCGUCAUGAAGGCGCAGCCAGGCAAGAAACAGCUUUCGAGCGACGUGGAGCGGAUGGACAAACUGGUGGACGUGUUCGCUGACGGGGCGGCCAGGCUGAAUGCGGCGAUGCUGCUGAGCACCGUUGGCCUCCCCACGCUGGUUCAUCUAGGGGUGACGGCCUCGCUGCGGGAGGACCAACGCGUGGAGGCGGCACUUUUCUGCCUUCUUGUGCCGUUCCUCUGCGACGCAGGGGGAGAGAUGGAGGAGACGGUGCGCAACGUGUGCAUCAACGGGCUAAAGUUGCCUGUGGCAAGCUGCGACUGUGUGCGGCGUAUGAUCGACGCCUACAACACGCUCUGCACUCAGUCCUUCACCACGGUGGAGCUGUCCGCCUCCCCGCUGGCACCGGAGACGCUGAAGAAGCUGUUCGAUGCCCUUUAUCUCCUCAACGAUGGACACGUGUUUCCAGACGCGUUGCAGGUGGUGCUGUUGGCCUGCUCGCUCUUGGAGGGAUCGAAGGCCGUUGCAGGAGGGAGCGACACGCCAGCCCAAGUUGCAAGGGAGCUUGCCGGGUUGUGGAAGAACGUUGUCGAUCACCCGACGCUGCUCAGCGCCUUCCAGUUGAAGCUGCCGAUCAACGGAAAGGAGCUGCAGAAGACGUACGGGAUUGAGCCGAAGAAUAUCGGGGCGACGUUGCUGAAGAUGCGUCUCAAGUUAGUGCUCACACCGAACUUGUCCUCACAAGACGUUGCUGAAUGGGUGAGAAACGGCGGCCCUCAUGCGUAG